AUGGAAGACACGACUGAGGAAAUUGCGGUUAUAGGGAUUGGCUGCAAUUUUCCAGGAGGUGAAGGUGUUGACAACUUCUGGAAGGUUCUUCUUGAAGGGAAAAACUGUGCAGUAGAAAUUCCGAAUGAGAGGUUUGACCGGUCAUACUGGUAUGAUUCGGAUCAAAACAAACUUGGAAAGACAUAUACUGCCAGAGCAGCUUUCAUAGAUGGGAUCAAUGAGUUUGACCACAGGUUGUUUGGUGUAUCAGAGGCAGAAUCAAGCCAAAUGGACCCGCAGCACAAACUUUUGCUCCACUGCACCUACAGGGCUUUUGAAAAUGCAGGGAUUCCAGUAGAAAAGGCCAGUGGAACAAAAACAGGAGUGUUUCUAGGGUUGAUGAACAGAGACUAUGAGAUACACAAAAUGAAAGACAACCCAAAUACCUUUGAUCACUGGACGGGUACAGGUUCAGCUAUGAGUAUAGCAGCAAACCGAAUCUCUUACACUUUCAACCUCACUGGACCGUCUCUGUCCAUUGACAGUGCCUGCUCUUCUUCUCUGGUUGCACUUCACUUUGGAUGUCAAACCAUUAAACAGGGGGAUUGUGAGAUGGCCUUGUGCGGUGGCGUAAGUUGCAUUUUUGCACCACAGCUUUUUGUGGCUCUGAGCAGAGCCAAGAUGAUCUCCCCUGAUGGCACCAGUAAACCCUUUUCCAAAGCAGCAGAUGGCUAUGGGAGAGGGGAGGGCUGUGGAAUUGUUCUAUUGAAAUCCCUGAAAAAGGCUAUUGCAGAUUCUGACCAUAUUUGGGGCAUUAUAAGCAAAACUGCUGUGAACCAAGAUGGUCGCACUGCAAGCCCAAUCACCAAGCCAUCUAUGGUACAACAAGAAGAGCUUCUGAGCAGCAUUUACUGCACAAAAAGUGACCUGACCAGUGUUCAGUAUAUGGAGGCGCAUGGGACAGGAACGCCAGUGGGAGACCCUGUUGAAGCCAACAGCAUCUCUAAUGUCAUAGCUAAAGCACGACCUACAGAAUCUGGCACACUUUGUGUUGGCUCGGUGAAGGGUAACAUUGGACACACUGAAUCUGCAGCUGGAGUAGCGGGACUAAUUAAGGUACUCCUGAUGAUGAAGCAUGAGACCAUUGUCUCUUCAUUGUUCUACUCAGAAAACAAUGCCAGUAUAGAUGCCAAGGCUCUGAAUAUUAACAUCCCCACAAAAGCAAAGAGAUGGAAAAUGACAUGCAAUGUUGAAAGGGUUGCAGGUAUUAACAACUUUGGUUUUGGAGGAACAAAUGCACAUGCCAUUGUCAAACAGUACAAAGAAGCUCUGGUUCCAAAAGUUGAGGCUACGAAGUCUGACCAGUAUUUUGUCCUGUCCGCAGCCUCGGAAAAUUCACUUGUGAUGAUGAUUGCAGACACUGUUGAAAAACUUGACACAGACACUGACGUCGACUUACAAAGUCUAGCAUACACUUCAGCAUGCAGGAGAAGUCAUUUAAAAAAUGAAUACAGGACGGCUUUUCGAGUGUCAUCCCUGUCAGUUUUGAAAGAACAGCUACAUUCUGCUAAAAACAGAAAGAUUGAACCAUCACAGCUAGACCCAAGGCUGAUUUUUGUUUUUUGUGGAAAUGGCCUUACCUAUCGUGGCAUGUGCAGGCAGCUCUUAAAAGAGGAGCCUGUUUUUAGAGAGAAAGUGAGAGAUGUUGAACGUCUUUUCCAAAGCUACAAAAGCAUUAGCAUGAUAGACAUGAUUGAAAAUGACUCAGAAGAUCUCAGUAAUCAGUUUUCAAAUCCUGAAGUCAUUCAACCACUUCUUUUUGCCAUACAAGUUGCCCUCUUUGAGCUGCUAAAAAAGUGGGGCAUCAGGCCAGAUGCUGUGCUUGGCCAUUCAGUCGGAGAGGUCGCUGCUGCACAUUGCUCAGGACUGCUAUCCCUUGAGGAUGCAGUGAAGGUCCUCUAUCACCGUAGUACUUUGCAAUGCAGAGUAACUGGAGGCAAGAUGCUGGUUGUCAGCAACAUGGCUGUUUCAGGAGUCUUGAAGCUCUUGCCACCUUACUCAGGAAGAAUUUGCUUGGCCGCCUAUAACAGCCCUCAGUCUUGCACACUAUCAGGUGAUGCAGAUUCAAUCGAUGAAGUGCACAAAAGAUUAAGCACUAUGGAAGACAGUAAACAUCUCUUCCUACAUGUCUUGGAGGUCCCUGCUGCCUACCAUAGCCAUAUGAUGGAUCCAAUACUCUCUGAGGUAAAGAGCACCAUCGGCUCCUUAAAAGAAAAUGAAAUGGUAACAGAGGUGUACUCCACUGUGACAGGGAACAUUGCCAGCCACACUGAUUUUUGUACUGGUACAUACUGGGCUCGGAAUAUCCGGGAGCCUGUUACUUUUGAAAAGGCUGUGAGGUCUGCAGCAAAAGACAAGAAGAAUGUGGUUUUUGUUGAGAUAGGCCCAAGAAGAGCUUUGCAGCGGAAUAUCAUAGAAAUCAUGGGAAAGGAAACAACAGUGUUUACUUCAGUUCAGCCAGAAAAAGAUCAUGAGACAAUGCUCACACUUGUGUCUAAACUGUUUGAGGCUGGCUUUCAAGUAGAUUGGGCCCAGCUCUACAGAGGCUGUGAGACCAAGCCAAUUGCUUUGCCAAGGUAUCAGUUUGACUGUGUGAAAAAACCACUGACUCCUGGAUCUAUGCCAAAAGGAUCAACAGGUAGUCAUCCUGUGAUUACACAGACAUUCAGAGAUGGCACUGAGUUCAACUGUGAUCUCACCUCCAGCUCACUUUCCUACCUGAAUGAGCAUAAGAAUAAUGGUAUACCCAUCAUCCCUGGUUCUUUUUAUGCCGAACUUGGCCUUGCAGCUUGCAUGGCAGGUACAAAACCAAGGGUGCCAGUCAACACGCUGCAGCUCAGUGUCAGUUUUCACAGGCCAUUUGUAUAUAACCAGAACUCACCAGAGAUGAAAGUAACACUUACACCAGCUGAAAAUGAAACCAAGUUUAACAUUGAUUCUAGUGCAGCAACAUUUGCUUCAGGAAGCAUUAGACAUAAGAUAGGAGGAGGUAAAGAGACAAGAAUCUCACUUGACAGUGUUUACAAAAGAUGCACUUCGGUAACGAGUUACGAUGAGUACUAUAAUAAUCUGCGUCUUGGUGGGUUUCAACAUGAAUCUGUCUUCAGAAAUAAAGGAUUCGUACACUAUGGGGAACAACUCAGAGAAGCCAUCUCAACAGUGUCUGUUCCCGAGGAGCUGCUCCCUCAGUUGCAUGAUUACUACAUUCACCCUGUAGUUCUUGACUACUUCAUGCAACUGCUUCCCAUGACUUUAGAUAACACUGCUAUAUCAAAACCUGGCUUUCCUGCUGCAAUAGGUAGCCUCACUGUUUUUGAGCCCUUGCAAGAAAAGAUGGCCAUGUACUUGAGAGCUACUGAGGUGGGAACUGACUACUUGAAUGUGUGUGGCUGUUUCACAGACAAAGAUGGCAAAGUAUUGGUUGAGAUCAAGGAGGUGAAGCUUAAGUUCCUCAAAAGCCAAUCUAACUUAGUUGAGGAGUAUUUCUACCAUACUGACUUUAGCGUAAUUUCAGAAGAACAGACGCCAACUCAUUUACCAAAGGCAUUAGUGUUUGCUGAUCAGUUAGGACUUGCAGAGGCCCUCAAGAAGCACUUGGCCCCGACCUCUAAAUACAUUUCCUUUAAGUAUGCAGAACAAUUGCUGUGUGAGGGAUUUCAAGCAUUGUUGCUGAAACUGAACAUUUUGGCUGUGAAUAAAACCUUUGAGGAAGUCUUGUUUAUCUGGAGUGAUACUAAUCUUACUGCUUGCAAUACUGAUAGAACUCUGGAGGCAAUGACUAACUGCUGCGAGGUGUACCGGCAAAUCAUUACAGACCUGAAGUCCAUGAGUUUCCCAAACUCAAUCAGAACAGUAACCUUUCGAGCUGCAGAUACCACAGUGGAUCAAAUUAACCCAGGAUUUGUGUUGUCCGGUAUGACAAGAGCAUGUGCAGCAGAGGCUUCAGAACUCCUCUUCCAACUUGUAGACAUCAACUCUGUUUCUAGAGAAGAUGUUGAGGCAUUGGCUCAAGUCCUUCAAUUGUACCCUUGUAGUAAAUACCCAGAGCUAGUGGUGAAAGAUGGACAGAUUCUGCAGCCUACCAUUGUGCACACACCCUUGUCCAGCCCACACAGUUCCAUGAAUGGCAUUAAUAUGCCAAUGGUUGAACACUUAAUCUUAAAGACAGCUGAUCCUUACAAAAUUACUAGCUUAUCAGCCAUUCCAAGUGAUGAUUCAAGUCCAAGUCAAAUCCAGGAGAAUCACGUGGAGGUUCAGUUGAGCAAAGUUUGUGUCCAUUCAUCAGACUUAUAUCCAGUCAGUGUUUCUGCUCUAAAGUUUGGCCAGACAAUUUACUGGAACAGCCACACUACACAAGACCACAAGCUUCUAGCCCUUGACUUCAGUGGCACAGUGACGGCUGUGGGAAAGGCCGUAAGUCAUCUUAAAAUUGGAGAUCACAUCGUGUCCUGUUUCCCCAUAGCUGCAUCCUCCAAGAUUGAAAUCCCAGAGGAUGUGUGCUACAAAGCAAAGAAAGUUCCAUUUUUAAGGAAUACUCCUUGUGUAUCCUUUUUAGCACUUUCAUGGGCAAUUCUGCAGGGUUCACUACCCAAGGCAAAACAGCAAAGAAGGUUAGGUAUCUUCUCCUCAGCACCUGAUGCAUGCUUCGUCAAGGUAUUAACCCUGACUGCAGCCAAAUCAGGAUGGAAUGUAUUUGUAGCAACGGAAUUAAGUAGCCCUGUCCAAAAUGCAAAUACUUUUGAUGUCUUUGUCCUUUUGCCUCCAUUUGACAAAACUCUAUUUUCAGAGGCAUGCAGACUUCACUCUGUUAAACACAUUGUUGCUGUUUGUGAGGACCAACAUUCACUUUCUCUUUGUGAAACGAUUCUCAGAGAAGAAAAUGCCAGUGCUUGUGUGCAUCCCAUUCAAAUUUCCAGAAUCCUUGAGAAGGGGUUACUCAAGUUACGGAGGCCGCAAAUCUACAAAUGGAUCAAGUCCAUGCAUUUGGACAGCAAGUCACUGGAUCUCCCGGCAGUUACUGUCCAAAGAGCAGCAUCUGGAGGCACAGACAUUCUGCCUAUGGAGAACUCUGAAACAUACAUCUGUUCUAAGACAAUACGUACAAUUACACUGAGAGAUGAGGAUCCCAAAAACCAAUCUGAGAUUCCCUUUCUUCAAGAACCAAAGCACAGCUUUCAGAAGAAUUCUGUAUAUAUAGUGACAGGUGGACUUUCUGGGCUUGGCUUUGAAACUGUGAAGUUCAUUGCUCAGAGAGGGGGGGGCUACAUUGUCAUUCUUUCAAGAAGUAGUCCUAGCCAGACAAUGCAACAGGAAAUAAGUACCUUGAGGAAUCAAUAUGAGAUGGUCAUACUCAGUUUGCGAUGUGAUGUCUCAGACCUGGCACAAGUGGAGAAAGCGAUUGCUGCCAUUAGACAAAGUUUGCCAUCUUGUCCAAUUAAGGGUGUGUUCCACAGUGCGGUGGUACUUCGUGAUGGCUUAAUUGAAAGCCUCAACAAAGCUGAGUAUGAGAAAGUCUUAAAGCCAAAAGUCAGUGGAGCUCUCAAUCUACACCAUGCCACAAAGCAAUGCAAACUAGAUUACUUUGUGUGCUACUCAUCAAUCACCUCCUUCAUAGGCAAUGCAGCUCAAUCAAAUUAUGCUGCGGCCAACUCAUUCCUGGACACCUUUUGUCAUUACAGAAGAAACACUGGACUCGCAGGACAGUCCAUCAACUGGGGAGCUCUGAACCUUGGUCUUCUGUUAAAUAAAGAUACUUUCCAAAAGUUUCUUGAGUCAAAGGGAAUGAUGAUCAUGGAGGUGAAUGAAAUUAACCAGUGCUUGCAGAAAUCCCUCCUACUGAACAGACCCCAACAGGUUGUUUGUAAAUUUAACUUCAAACACCUGAAUAGCCAUGUCCUCUCACAGAAUGCCUCCCUUAGGAUGCGUUUGGGUUCCUUGGUUCAGGAGGCAAUCAGAAAUGACAAACAAUCAGAACUGAUAAUGGACAGUGUGAAAUCCACCUCUUCACCAUGUGAAUAUGUCAGGUCUGUGCUCUGCAGCACACUUGGUGUUAAAGAGGAAAGGCUGAAUGAAGACACAACCCUUGCUGCUCUUGGUGUGGACUCCAUGUUAGCCAUGACUCUACAAAACCUAUUUGCCCAAGAAAGAGGUUUUAAUAUUCCCAUUGUCAAAUUCCUUGAUCCAAGCACCACUUUGGCCACACUGGUCACACUUCUGACAGAGGCCAACGACGCAGAACCUGAUCUGAUUGAUAGUUCAGGGCCUAACUCAAAUAAAGACUCAGAUGAACUUUUAACUGUACUUUAAGUGAAUUAAUCACAGUUUACAUUGGUAAAAAGAAACUGAAUUUGAUGUAGAACUUUGAAAUCAACAAUCAACAUCUCUCUCAUAUAUAUCAUGAUGAGAUCUUUGUAUGAAAAUGUUCAAGUAGAUGUUCAUGGAAUGCAUAUUUAACUUUGGUAAUGGUAAGCGUUAUGAUCCUUUUCAUGUAAACAUCAACACAGACUAGAUGCAAAAAUUGUUAUUUUAUUGUGUAAAAUUAGGAGCUUUUCUUUGUCAGAAAGGUGAAUGUCCAGUAAAAUGUAACUGUUGAUCCUUCUUUUGAGGAUUGUGAAAGAAUGUAGCCAAUGAACAAAGUUAAGAAGGUAAAAGUUGUAAGAGCCCAGCAUCAGGGGCUGUGUGGAACUCAGACUGCUGAUUAUUUUCAUAUUUUCGGGAAGGGCCCAACAGUUGAGCCAUGCUGGAGGGAGGUUAAGGUCAUGCAUAAUAUUCAAAGAGCUUACUCUGGAUACUCUCGACAUAAUAAAUUAGAUAUGUUUGGGCAGUCAUGAAAUAUAGAUGACCUCCAGUAAAUUAUAUUACAUGCUAUGUGUCUUUGUAGACUUCUUAAUGUUUACUUUUUGGUUUGCCAUCCUGUUUAGGAACUGCAGAUUAAAAUGAACUAUGAUGUUGCUUCAUGUGUAAAUAAAAGUAAAAUGUAAAAAAUAAAGAUUUUACUUGCUUUC